GCAGGGAGAGAAGAGUCAGAGGAUGGUGCAGAGCACUUUUGGGAAGCCGCCACGCCGCGUCUCAGACUGGCCUGGCUGAGCUGGGAGAGGGGAGCGAGGGCGGCGCAGGACGGGCGCGACGCUGGCCGAGGGCAGCUCAGCGCGGGCCUGACCUCUUCCGGAGCGCCUCGCGGCGCCCCCCGACCACCCGCUGGGUGGUUCCCUGGGGCCCUGAGCGCAGCGUCGCGCGGCGGGCGGGCCGUGCGCCCUGGGCGCGCCGGGCAGUGAGCGCGGGAGCCGUGCGCGGCUGGACGCGCGCGCGGGCGGGCAUGGCCAUGCACGCUCUCACGGGCUUCUCGCUCGUCAGCCUGCUCAGUUUCGGCUACCUGUCCUGGGACUGGUCCAAGCCGAGCCUGGUGGCCGAUGGACCUGGGGAGGCCGGCGAGCAGCCUUCUGCCGCUCCUCCCCAACCUCCCCAUAUCAUUUUCAUCCUCACCGACGACCAGGGGUACCACGACGUGGGCUACCAUGGCUCCGAUAUCGAGACCCCUACGCUGGACCGGCUGGCAGCUGAGGGUGUGAAAUUGGAGAAUUAUUAUAUCCAGCCCAUCUGCACGCCCUCACGCAGCCAACUCCUCACCGGCAGGUACCAGAUCCACACGGGGCUGCAGCACUCCAUCAUUCGCCCCCGGCAGCCCAACUGCCUGCCCCUAGACCAGGUGACGUUGCCCCAGAAGCUUCAGGAGGCCGGCUAUUCCACACACAUGGUGGGCAAGUGGCACCUGGGUUUCUACCGCAAGGAGUGCCUGCCCACGCGCCGGGGCUUUGACACCUUCCUGGGCUCGCUUACGGGCAAUGUGGACUACUAUACCUAUGACAACUGUGAUGGUCCCGGCGUGUGUGGCUUCGACCUGCACGAGGGUGAGAGCGUGGCCUGGGGGCUCAGUGGCCAGUACUCUACGCUGCUCUAUGCCCAGCGUGUCAGCCAGAUCCUGGCCAGCCACAGCCCCCGGCAGCCCCUCUUCCUCUACGUGGCCUUCCAGGCGGUGCACACCCCCCUGCAGUCCCCGCGGGAGUACCUGUAUCGCUACCGCACCAUGGGCAACGUGGCCCGGCGGAAGUAUGCGGCCAUGGUGACCUGCAUGGAUGAGGCCGUGCGCAACAUCACCUGGGCCCUCAAGCGCUAUGGCUUCUACAACAACAGCGUCAUCAUCUUCUCCAGUGACAACGGUGGCCAGACUUUCUCGGGGGGCAGCAACUGGCCCCUCCGGGGACGCAAAGGCACUUACUGGGAAGGGGGGGUGCGGGGGUUGGGCUUCGUCCAUAGCCCCCUGCUCAAGCGGAAGCGCAGGACGAGCCGGGCCCUGGUUCACAUCACCGACUGGUACCCGACCCUGGUGGGCCUGGCCGGGGGCAGUGCCUCGGCGGCCGACGGGCUGGACGGCUAUGACGUGUGGCCCGCCAUCAGCGAGGGCCGGGCGUCACCGCGCACUGAGAUCCUGCACAACAUCGACCCGCUGUACAACCACGCAGAGCACGGCUCCCUGGAGGGGGGCUUUGGCAUCUGGAACACGGCCGUGCAGGCGGCUAUCCGCGUGGGCGAGUGGAAGCUGCUGACCGGAGACCCUGGCUAUGGAGACUGGAUCCCCCCGCAGACGCUGGCUGCCUUCCCCGGCAGCUGGUGGAACCUGGAGCGCCUGGCCAGCGCCCGCCAGGCCGUGUGGCUCUUCAACAUCAGUGCUGACCCCUACGAACGGGAGGACCUGGCCGGCCAGAGGCCUGACGUGGUCCGGGCCCUGCUGGCCCGCCUGGUGGACUAUAACCGCACGGCCAUCCCUGUGCGCUACCCGGCUGAGAAUCCUCGGGCCCACCCUGACUUCAAUGGGGGAGCUUGGGGACCCUGGGCUAGUGAGGAGGAAGAGGAAGAGGAGGAAGGGGAGGAGGAAAGCAAGUCCCGAAGCUUCUCUUGGGGGCGACGCCCAAAGAAAUGCAAGAUUUGCAAGCUGCGCUCCUUUUUUCGUAAACUCAACACCAGGCUGAUGUCUCACCGCAUCUGAACGGGAUGGGGGCGCCGGGAGGGUCUCUGUCGAUCCCCUAGUCUCCUGUA